UCGGCUAAUGCUGUUAAGAAUUAUAAAAUCUAAUGCUGUGAUCUAUCUCAAAAAUAUUAAUAAAUCUUAGAUUGCUAACUAAAGCUGUGUAACAAAUCAUAUUCCUGAUAUUUUGUGUAGUCGGCAGGAUAUACAAGGUUGUAUUUGUGACAAUUUGGUGUAGUCGGCCAUAUCCACAAAUCUGUAUUUGCAACGAGGGCCAAAGCUGCUGUGUGGCUUUGGGGACCUGAUGUUGUCAAAAACGGCCAGCUGCAAGCUGCUCCCAGCCCAGCCUGGACGGAGGCAGGUCAGUGUCAAUAGCAGCACUGAAGCUUAAGGUUGGGAUGGGGCAAUGAAGACCAUGUACCUACAGUCAGUGGGGAGAGGUUGGUGACAUCCACAUUGAGUUGUUUGGCUCUUUUUGCUCUCUGUGCUGGCUGAACAGGGAGGAUCAUCCUUGCCUUUCCAGUCAGCAACCAAUUUCUCUGUGAGGUCUUUCUUCUUCCCCGAGCUCCCUCUCUGCUGCCACAGGAAUAAUCCCACGGGAUGUGUCUGUAACAGGUGAGGUAACACGAUAGCAGCACAAUCACUGGUUUUCAGUCCCCAAACAAGACAUCUCCACCAGAGAGCAAUGGUUGCCCUGGAUGCAGCCUCCUUAAAAGCUCUGCUACCCUACUUGGAGCAGAGCCAGCAUCUCUCCAGAUAUGGCAACACUGCCUUGCAUCUGGGCAAAGAAUUAUCAGAGACAUCUGUUCCUUCCCUGUAGUUUUUCAGACUUGAAUUUUGAGAGAAGUUUGAAUUUUUCACUCCCUCCUUUCUGUACCCUUGGGGACAGUCCCAUAGGUGGGGAGCAGCCGUGGCAGAGUCAGCUCCUGGGUCUAGCAAGGCUGCAUAGUCUGGCUCCUUUGCCUUGUGCUGGCUGGAAGAUGGCUUAGAAACUGGAGAGCAGAUAGGAUACUGGGUCCAUCAGAGAGGAUUUCCUACAAGUGCUCACCCCCUGAUAUGGCUUGCCAAAAUGCUCUUCAAAGGGGCUUGGCUUGAAAAUGGCACAGAGCAUAGUCCUUGAAGGCAUCUUCAGAUACCUCCUUCCACACUGCCUUUCCAGAGUCACUGUGUGCUGCUUAUACCUUCAUACUCUUGGUUCUCCUGAGCUCCUUUUCCUCCAAUAGGUGCAAUUUCACACCCUGUGCCAGGUUCCCCAGAACAAGCAGGGCUAUGUUGUCCCAAGCUCAAAGGGCUGCACAUGCUGCUGCCUGACAGACAGAGAUGAUGGCUGAGCACCUCUAGUAAAUGGGCUUAUGUGCAAGGUGGGUAUAGUAGUGGUAGCCCACACAUGGGUUUUGCAAACGUUCAGCUUUGUUAAUCAGCUCUGUCCCCUGUGUGUAGCCAGGUACAUCAGUGGCCAAUGGGUUGGGGAAACACAGCCUUGGGGGACAUCCCCCCCAAGACCAGUGUGAGCUGAGCGCACUGCUUUGCAGCCCAACCCACAAUACUUCUCCAGCAGGCAGACCCUUUCAAAGUCCAUGGUCUAAAAAGUCUGUUCCUGGACUUUGUUAAUGCAACUCUGCUUCAGAGCUGAUCCUGCACAGCAGGCAAUCGCAUAGUCUGCAUUCAACAGCCCUCCUCAGGAGAAGGUGGGAGACCCAGGUGUCCGUAGCUGGACCAGAACACGAAGGACUGGGAGAGGAAUCAUGACCCAAGAGCGACUGUGGCAGGUCCUAGAUCCAUUAUGGCGAGACCCUCGCACCCUCUCAGCUCUGCUCUGCAGUUCAGCUGCAGCCAUUGUGCUACUGAAAUGGCUGGAACGUAGGCAGAUCCAGCAGAAAAUGGAGGAGGCAAGGAGGACACGGGAUCUGGCCUUAGAGCGAAUGGAGAAGGCAGCUCACAGGUUUAAGCAAGAGAACCCAGGCACCCAGACUGCACAUAUCCUCUCGCUGACGAUGGUGGAGCUAGUGGAGAAGCUGAAGGAGGGGUCCCUGUCCCCAGAAAGUGUCCUUUACUCCUACAUGGGCAAAGCUUUGGAGGUGACUCGGGAGGUGAACUGCGUGGUAGAUUUCAUUCAUGGCUGUGAGGAUCAGCUCCAAAAACUGAAGAAGCAGAAGGAAAAGGGGCUGCUCUAUGGCAUUCCCAUCAGCAUCAAGGACCACAUUAACUGCAAGGGCCACGUCUCCUCUGGAGGGAUGGUGAAGUUUCUGGGCCAAGAGAAGGAAGAAGACAGCGUCAUUGUCCAGGUUCUAAAGAGCCAGGGGGCAAUCCCCUUUGUGAAAACCAACAUCCCACAGACGAUGAUAAACUAUGACUGCAGCAACCUCAUCUUUGGCCAGACUCUGAACCCUCUCAACCACCAGAAGAGCCCUGGGGGCUCCUCGGGAGGGGAAGGAGCUCUGAUCGCAGGGGGAGGCUCCAUCCUGGGCAUUGGCUCAGACGUAGCUGGCAGCAUCCGCCUGCCGUCCAGCUUCUGCGGGCUGUGCGGGCUCAAACCCACAGGCAACAGGAUCAGCAAACUGGGUGUGGUUUCUUCUAUCAUAGGAAUGAAAUCAGUGACAGGGACGCUGGGGCCGAUGGCGAGAGAUGUGGACAGCCUGGCCCUCUGCAUGAAGGCGCUGCUCUGUGAGGAGAUGUUCCAGCUGGACCCCACCGUGCCACCCAUCCCCUUUGAUGAGGAGGUUUACACCAGUUCAAAGCCACUUCGGAUUGUAUAUGAAGGAGAUGGCUACUUCCAGCCCUCACCCAGCAUGAAACGGGCCAUCCAGCAGACAAGAAAGCUCCUGCAGGAUGCAGGACACACGCUUGUUCCCUUUGCACCACCCAAGAUUGACUACAUGGUAGAUGAGCUGUUCACCAGAGGGAUUUUCUCAGAUGGUGCUGCUCACCUUGUGGACUGCUUCAAAGGAGACAUCGUGGAUCCCAACCUGAAAUCCCAGUUCAAUACUUACAGGCUUCCUGCUCUGGUGAAAAGGAUCUUGGCUAUCAUUUUGAAGCCCAUAUACCCACGAAUUGCUCGGGAUCUCAGCGCUCUCUGUGGAGUGGGGUCUGCCAAAAACCUCUGGGAUCAGCAUGGAGCGGUGGUGGAUUACCGCACUGAAUUCAUUGCUAAAUGGAGGAAGCUAAGGCUGGAUGUCAUUCUUUGUCCUGCGCUGGGGCCAGCCUUUAACCACGGCUAUGCUGGGAAGCUAUUUGCUGCAACCUCCUACACCAAUUUAUACAACGUCUUAAACUUCCCUGCUGGGGUGGUGCCGGUCAGCACGGUCACAAGAGCUGACGAAGAAGAACUGAAGCAUUACCGAGGGCACUACGGAGACCCUUGGGAUAAGAGGCUGAAAGAGGCUGUGGAAGGAGCUGUGGGGCUGCCAGUAGCUGUGCAAUGCGUGGCUCUGCCAUGGCAGGAGGAGCUGUGCCUUCGCUUCAUGAAGGAGGUGGAGAUACUUGCCCACGGCACAAAAAGAAAUGUGUGAUUUCUAGGAAUCUGCCUUCACUGUGAUGACUUUUCGUUCCCUGUCCUUCACUCCAGCCACCUUCUACCUGAUGCACAAAGCAAAGUAGAUAGCAUCCUCCAGACUCUGAACCACUGUUUCAAUAAAAUGGCAGUAAAAGCUGUUUAAAAAUAGUCCGCCAAAAUCUCA